UUCUAAUUUCAUAAUAAAUAUAUUUUCACAAUAUUGACUUGAAUUAUUUCAUUUUGUCGAAUCAGAUUCCAUAACAAUAUGAUUUUAAAUUUAUUUGCACUGAACAAGUCAUGGGUCAGGAGGUUCAAAGCAAAAAGAGUAAACCAGGGUCGAAUAGAGGAAGCGAUAAGCGUAAACAACUACUAAAGACCCUAGGAGGUCACACUGGGGGUAUCAACUGUAUGGAUAUAUCAGCAAGUGGUAGUUAUCUUCUCACCGGAUCCGACGACAGAACUGCGAGAAUUUGGGAUUUAGUAACCUACGAAAACAAGGUUGUUCUAGAGGGGCAUUCCGGAUAUAUUAGCUGCUGCAAAAUAUGGAAAGACAGAUUUGCGCUAACUGGAAGCGUGGAUAAAACAAUCCGAAAGUGGAAUGUGUUUUCUGGUAACUGCGUUUUAAAGAUGGAAAUGCACAGGGGAAUAGUCAACACAUUGCUACCAUUUGGUAUCUAUCUCCUCAGUGCGUCAUACGAUCGCACCGUUAUAUGCUGGAACGUUGACACUGGGCAAGCGGCUCGUGUUUUACGCGGACACAAACAAAGCAUCCUACCAAUGCUAUACGUAAAAACUGCAGAGCACAACCCCAUGGGUGCCGAAGACAUCGAUCGAAACAAGGAUGCUCUCAUUACUGGUUCAAUGGAUUGUACUGCCAAGAUUUGGAGUAUUCAUUCAGGUACUAGUCUUCGAACUUUCCGUGGUCACAAAGGAGCAAUACUUUGUUUAUCUAUGGACAGAGACAAAAAAUAUCUCUACACAGGGUCAACAGAUUUUUCAAUUAAAAAGUGGAAUUUAGCGAGUGGGACAUUACUAAAAAGCUUCAAAGGUCACGAAGGAUCGGUUAUAUGUCUAGAAAUGAAUCAAAAAUUGUUAUAUAGCGCAAGUGUAGACAGCACCGCUAGAUGCUGGGUAGCAGAAUUUGGAGACACGACACGAAAAUAUUCUGGACAUGAACAUAUGAUCUCGGACAUGAAAUAUCACAAAGGAUUAUUGAUCACAAGCUCUGGCGACAAUACAGUUCGAGUUUUUGACGCGAAAUCAGGAUCUCUGAAAAGAACAUUUAAAGGCCAUAAAUAUGCAGUGAAUUGCAUCAUGGCUGUCGACAGCAUGAUUUUUAGCGCCUCCUACGACGGUACAAUACGAAUAUGGAAUAUCCGAGAUUUAAUUCGAGAAAAACUGUCUGUCGAUGAAUCUUGUUCUUCACUGGCUUCCUCUGAGCCUUCAGUGAUAGAGGGGAGAGCAACUGGGAGUGACGUAUCUAUAAGAAAUGGUCGAACAGUGUAUAACACAAAACAAACAAGGGAAGACCACGAUAAUGAAUCAAUACCCAUGUCAACUUUCAAAAUAGAAAAAGAAGAAUCACGUCAUCGUACUGAAAAUGGUAAUUUUAGUAGACAAAAAAGAAAAGGAACCAAAACCUCGAAUAAAAUUGCACCAAUGGGAACGCGAAACAAUAACAACAAUAAUGGUAUCCAAUGCCCAUCAACUGAUAACUUAUUAGAUGAGAAUGAUCUUGUCGGGAACAUAAUGGAUAAUUCUGCCAUUGAGACUGCAAAUGAACAAAUUAGCCAUAGUAACUCUACAGCGUCAUAUCAUGAUGCAAAGGAAGUUUGGGAAGAAUCUGUUUCUGUUAAGUCGGGCUCAAACAGAAUUGAAUCAAGUAAUAAAGGAAGAUCACCCAAAAUAUUGUCUCAAUUAUCUAGAAGUUCAACAAAAGCAUCGCUAUUUUCAACACCUGAUAACGCUACAAGGAACAGUUCAUAUAUUAAGGAAAGCGAUAUUCAAUUACAUUCUGCAUCUACGUUCCGAACAAACAGCAUCUCCAUUUCCUUACCAUCGUCGAGCGAUUCCUCGAGAGCGCCAACCUCAAAGAAUGCACAUGAUAGAGAAUCUUCUGAUGUCAGUAGGAAGCGAGUAAAAACGGAGGAGUCAGAAUCACCGAAAAACGUGAGCGUGAAUGAAAAGACACCAUCUCGAAUGUCAUCUGCUGAUUUAGCGCUAGUCGACGAAGAAAUGAGAAUGAUUGCUGUAGAAACUGACUCCACGUCAACGGGUUACCACAGCGAUAAAAGCUCGCCACAAUCACCAAAUCAAAUCGAUAAAAAGCAGCAGUUACCUUUAACUGGUAAACGGAGUGUCCUGAAAAGUCGAUUAAAAUCUAGUAUUCCAAGCCCUGUGCAAGAAAGGUCCGCACCCAAGCGUUCGAAUGCUGGCAAACCCUCCUUAUGGGCUCCGUGCUCUAAUAGCACAGAGAGCAAUAAUAACACCAAAUCGAGAAAAUUUCCGAGAAGUGUCGGGUCACGACGAUCUAACAAUAGUAUUAGGUCUUCUAAAACUCCACUCACUCCAAAAGAAAGAGAACGUCUGGAAAAUGAAAUAUUGGAAAUGUCAUGAGUUUGUUUUUAGUUUUUAAAUUUCACAAAAAAUAGACAAUGAGAUUUGUUGACGGCAUGUUUGAAACAAAUUAUGUAAAAAGUUUCAAUAAACCAUGCAUAUGCAUAGCGAGAAAAUUGCAAGCUUUAAUGAUACAUAAAUGUAAUUUCAUCGAUGCGAAGAAGUGAAUUCAAUUGCCGAUGUACGCCAGGCUUUCAGUUUUAUUUUUUAAUUUCUUAUUUGUUUGAAAAUCAUAUUUUGUGGCACUGUGAAACUUAUAUCGAAAUCUUUUGGUGGAUAUUAUUUGAAUUACUUUCUGACUUAAUAGCAUAUCAUUGCAUGAUUUAUUUAGUGAUGUAUAGAGGAUUUUCGCUUGUGUUUUAACGAAGAGGCAUUUAAAACUUAGCUUUAGCUACUGUUCGUAGCUAUAAUAUGUUUUUAUUCCUUGCCAAAUAAUAAUUCUGUUGGGAGGGUAUAUUUAAUUUAUUUAUUUUCUUAUUUACUUGAGUUUUGUAUUUUUCUUCUUUGCCCAAAAGAAUCAAACUAUACAUUCA